AUGGCUUCUCAAAGCUAUAGCUCAACGGCUCGAGCCAGCCUCAAUGUCAAAUCCCCCAAUCUAUCCGACCUUACCCCCAACUUUGCCGACCCCAACUUUGACCCAGCUGAGUUCCUCAAUGAUACUCUGUCCCCACUGACAGUGGCCUCACUCCAACCCAAUGCCUCCCGAGUACCAGGCUCGGUACCUUUGACCGAACUGUCCGCCCAAGUCCAAACCCUCCUUUCACAAAUUAGCGCCCAGAACGUUCGCCUAUCCAGCACACUCUCUCAGUUGAGUGACGAGAUCCUUCGCAGUGGUGGACGUCUUGCCUACGAGGUUGAGGUGUUACGGGGAGAAACAAUUGGGUUGUCCGAGACCUUGACAGAGGUUCUACGGGAUGAUAUCGCCAAGUUCGUUUUAGAGACACCGAGUACAACUACCGCUACGACUGGUCGCAAGGAUGAGGUAACGGAACAAACGGAAGCUACAACCACAAAAGAUGAGAAGCCGGACGAGGAUGAGGAUGAGGAUGCGAGUGCGAAUGCGGAAACAAUGGAGAAAGAUGUGUCCAUGGCGGAUCCUGAGUAUAUCGCCAAUCUGCGCACAUUGAACCAAGUCCGCUCGCGACUAGAAGACGUUGUACAGACAUUCGGCGACGCAAUGGAGUGGCCUUUACCACCAUCGGAGAUCUCCUUCUCAUCCUCCUUCAUCUCUGUCUCCGGUCCAGACAUCACUGUUGACGGCUCCGACCAGGAAGAAAAAGGCCAGGCAGUUAUGAAGAAGCUACGAACCGAAACACUGGAGCUGCUGGACAGCAAGGGUGGCGGACGGGCUGGUUUAGAGGCAGCCACUCAUCACGUGGAGACUCUACGGACAUUGGCAACAGUAUGGAAAGGCUCGGCUGAGGAAAAAGCACGGUAUCGAUUUGUGGACAGUCUAGCCCGGCUCGUGGAUGAGCGACGGCGCAAUUUGGAACACCAACAGGCGAUGGCGGAGCAAAGUCAACGUCCCAAGCGAUCGGAGCAAAGACGAGACAGCGAUAGUGGAGCACCAGCGGGUGGCUUAUUCCGCAAUCUGCAGCGACUCAAGGAGGAGAUCUAUUUGGAAUAG